GCAUAACACCUUUCACGCGCGAUGUUAGAAAUAAUAAUAAAAAAGCCACCCUUGGAUAUUCCCAACGAAAUACCGAAAAAUUAAAACGCUCCGUACGAAAAUAAUAAAGUACCGUCCCCGGAGCAAGACUGGCGGCGCGGCGCCCGGCCCGCCAGACCCAGACCCAAUGUUUGUUGUGGUGGCGGCGAGGGGGCGUCUGCAGGCACGGCACGGCACGACACGGCACGCCACGUAGCAUGGCACCACCACCCCGACACGCAGCCACACAGGUGAGGCGCAGCGGCCCCGGGUGGUGGGCAGGCCGCGGGGGGCGGGGGGCAAGGCGUGAGGCACAGCCGGGAGUGCCCGCGGGUCAGGACGUGUGUGCGGUGCGCGGCGGGCCGAGCGUGGCGGCGGUGUUGAGCUGGACGGAGUACGUGAUGAAGGCACAAGGACUCCCAUCUUCUAAGGAGCCUCCCGCAGCCUUCCCUCGUCAUCCCUCCCUCCCCUUACCCUCCCUCUCCCCUCUCCUCACCCUCUCACCUCCUCCCACUCCCCCCUCUCCUCCCAUUCCCUCCCCUAUGCAUACCUCCUCCCCCUUUCCCUUCGUUCGUCUUUCCUUUUCUUCCUCCCCCUCCUCCUCCUCCUCCUCCUCCUCCUCCUCCUUUUCCUCUUCCUUCUCUGCUGUUCAUUCCUCUCAGCUUCUUUCUUCUUGUUCUCAUUGUUGUCAUUGUUCCUCCUCCUCCUCCUCCUCCUCCUCCUGCUCUUUGUCACUCCACUCAUCACCUCAUUCCCUUAAACUACCACUAUCAUCACCACCACUAUAUCACCACCACCACUAUCCACCACAACAACCACCACCACCUCCACCACACUAUUUCAUCUCACACACCACAUCACCACCACCACCACCAAUGCCAACACCAAGUCAUCACCACCAUACCUCAUCACACACACAUAACAUAAAACCACCACCACCACCACCACCAUUACUAAUACACAAACACGCAUUCACACCACUACCACUACCACACACAUUGUCACUAUGGACCAUCUUAACCUUCAUACUAAUACUCAUUACCUACUUAACACCCACACUAGCCUGCACCACUGACGCCAGGCACUGUGGAGACCUACACUUACCUCGCGGGCAAAACAUACACUCUCUAGCAUGGGUUAUUGAGCUCGCAAAGUCCGACAACUGUGAAAUAACCCAGAUUCUCAAGGACUUCAAGCUGAGACAGAGACAGAUGGAAGUUACAGAGGGAGGAGAAGUUGAGGAAGGAUUUUACUGUGGAAGAGAGACACCCCACCAGCUGAUCCUUCUUAAAGAGCUGUUGCCAUUUGAGAAUAUGUUCCUAGUCGCUCAUCCCUUCUUUAAACUCUUCUCUCGGCACCAGAAGAGGAUCAGGGAGCAUCGCCGUAGGGUUAGGGACGUAAGGGUUCACCACCAUCAACAUCGCCGCCGCUAUGCCACUCACUCUCAUCACCAUCAUUCAUCACCACACAGAACUAAACGUCGUAAUCGCCUUUCACCACAUCACUAUUUUUCAUCACCAUACAAUACCACAUAUAAUCAUUCGCUUCCACAUAACAUCACACAUCACUACUAUGACUCACCACACCACACUCAUUCACCACCACACAGAGCCAAACACCAGUCAUCCUCACCAUACAGUAAUCUUCAAACAUCACCACACACCACCACCUCAUCCACACCACACAACACCAAACCCUACCAGUCAUCACCAUCACACAUUCACCUUUCACCACCACCGCCCACACCGCUGGAGAGGGCCGCCACGUUCCUGAGGGUGGAGAGGUGCGUGGAGGCAUACCUGCGUUCCCACCCCUGCAUCGCUUAUGUCCACCAGGAGGUUCUGAAGCCCAGGAAGAAGCGCAGCAACCUCAAGUUUGAUGACCCGCUCUACGUUGAACAGUGGCACCUGAAAAACCCUGUGCGUGGCCAGUACGACAUCAACGUGGCCAGCGUGUGGGAGAGUGGCAUCACCGGGCGCGGCGUCACCGUGUGCGUGAUCGACGAUGGACUGGAGUGGCGACACCCAGACCUGCGCAACAACUACAGUCCAGCCGGCUCCUACGACCUCAACGCUGAUGACCCCGACCCCUCGCCUGUCAAGAAUGGAGAGCGCAACGAACAUGGAACGCGGUGUGCCGGGGAGAUCGCAGCGGUGGCCAACAGUGUGUGUGGCGUGGGCGUGGCGUACCAGGCCAACAUAUCCGGCAUUAGGGUCCUCGGCGAACGCAUGACGGACUCCAUGGAGGCUGCCGCGUUCGUUCAGGGGCUGGCGGUCAAUGAUAUAUACUCCUGCAGCUGGGGUCCGGACGAUGACGGGCGCACAGUGGAUGGGCCGCACCACCUGGCGGGGCGGGCGCUGCAGCAUGGGGUGACCUACGGCAGGGGUGGCUACGGGGCCGUCUAUGUCGUGGCCUCGGGCAACGGUGGACGCAACAAGGACAACUGUAACUUUGACGGGUAUGCCAACUCGGUCUUCACAGUGACCAUCGGGGCUGUGGACUCGCAUGGCCGCAUGCCCUACUACGCCGAGGAGUGCGCCGCCAUGCUGGCCGUCACCCCGAGCUCCGGCAGCAAGGGGAAGGACAUUGUCACUACCGACUGGCGGGAGAUCAGUGAGUCCGGCUGCACCAAACACCACUCAGGGACCUCCGCCGCCGCCCCCCUCGCUGCGGCUGUCAUCGCACUGGCCUUGGAGGUGCAGCCCUGUCUGUCCUGGAGGGAUGUGCAGCACCUCAUUGCCCUCACGUCAAGGAAGAUCGACGCCACUAACCCCGACUGGUCUCCUAACGGCGCGGGUCUCCACCACUCCCACCAACAUGGCUUUGGACUCAUGGACGCGGCCGCCAUGGUCUCCUCGGCUGCUGUGUGGGAGUCCGUGCCUUUCUCCACCACCUACUCCACACACCCCAUGCUGGUCGGCGCCGUCAUCCCCCCCGAGAGGAUGCAGGGGCUGACAGUGCGGCACCAGGUGGACCGAGACACCCUGGGGUCAUACGCCCUCACCACCCUGGAGUUUGUGCAGGUGCGGGUGACAGUGGAGCACCAGUACCGGGGGAGCCUCAAGAUCAUCCUCAUCUGCCCCAGUGGUACGCGGUCCACCCUCGCCGCCCCCAGGGAGGCCGACAACUCCACCAAGGGCCUGAGUGACUGGGCGCUGGGGACGGUGCGGUGCUGGGGGGAGGACCCGGCGGGGGUGUACCAACUCACCCUGACCCAGACGCGACACCAGCACCUCACUGGCCGCCUCCUAUCCUGGCGCCUGGUGCUGCACGGCUCACCCAUGGCCCUGCAGGAGUUCCAGGACAGGCGAAAGCUGGUGGAGCGGGCGCGGCGGGGGGAGGUGAUCCACGUUAACAGGAGCACCCUCUGCCACCCCCCGGAGCUGAGGUUCAAGCCCUUCCACCCCCUGCCGGAGAAGUGGCUAAAGGUCCUCGCCGUCACCUCCCUCUUCCUGCUGGUCAUGAUCGCCUUCAACACCCUCGAGUACAUCUUCUGCUACAACGACGAGAAGGAGAAGUUCUACCGGCGGCUGAAGGACGUGGCGGCUGGCCGGGCGCUCCACCACCGCCGCAACGCUUCCGGAGCACCUCGGCGGGGGGCGGCGGAUGUGGCGGCUGGCGGCUACCGAAGCGUGGAGAUUGGCGUGGAUAGCGACAGCGGAGGCGGCGGGGAAUACGAGAUACUUCCACUUAUGAAUAACGGAAGGGCUUGCGGUGGAGAGGGUGGAAGAGGGGGUAGUAGGGGGGGGUUGGCGUCCCCCUCCCCGUCGUGCGAUGCGGAUGUCUCGAGUUUAGGCGGCGAUGAGGAUGACUCGGAUGAGGACAAUCUCUCGUCACACUGCACCAGCGACACGGUUCUGCCGAAGGACACGGAUGCGACAGACUUCACCAAUGACGAGUUUAUGUCCGAGGUGGAUGACGAGAGGCAUGGCGGAGUUGGUGGAGGCGGAGGUGGUGAUAGUGGUGGUGUUUUGUUACUUGGCGAGGAAGAAGUGGUAGUGGAGGGUAGUGUUAGUGGGAGUGGAGGUGGUGGGAUGUUACUUGGUGGAGGAGAGGUGGAGAAGAAGGAGGAAGAGGAGGAGGAGGAGGAGAGUAUCAGUGAGGAGGUUUUAAGGAGAUUUGAAGUUAGGUGAUAUUGUGAGAAGGUAGAGAAAGGAAGAGGAGGAGGAAGAGAAGACAGAUGAAGAAAAUGAAGACUAAAGAAGAGGUGUUGUUAGUGUUAGAUAGAAAAAGAGGAGGAGGAAUAGAGAAGAAAAGAGAUUAGUAGUAGUAGUAGUAGUAGUAGUAGUAGUAGUAGUAGUGAGAAAGAAGAAAAAAAGAUAAAGAGGAGGAAAAAAGGAAAAAUAUAGAGAAGGAAAAAAGAAAAAUAAGAAAGAAAGAAAGGCAUAAAAAAUAGAAAGGGUAGAAGGGUGAGGAAGAAAAGACAUAUAGAAGAAAAAGAAAAGAAAAGUGCAAAGAAGGAAAACAGGGAAGAGAGAGCGAAGAAGAAAACGAAGUACAGUAGAGAAGAAAAAGAGAGAAAGGAAAAUACAACAAAGAAAAUGAGUGUAGAAGAAAAUGGAAGAAGAUGAAUAUGUGAAAAUGUAGAGAAGG